AUGGACUAUCACACUGAAGACAGGUGGAGGCGAUAUCAGCAAUCUGUUGGGACCAACAGAUGCCACAACAAGAUGAUACACCAAGAUGGUACAGCAAGAUGUUACACAACAAGGUGGGACAACAUCAAGUACCAGAGGACACACAACGUGGUAAAGUAUACCGUCUCAGAUUGUGCCUCUAAUAAUCAGUCCCGAACAGAUCAAGCUCGAGCAGAUCAGGCCCAAACAGAUCAAGUUCGAGUAGAGCAGGACCAAACAGAUCAGGCUCGAACAGAUCAGGUUCGAGAAGAUCAGGUCCGAGCAGAUCAGGCUCGUGCAAAGCAGGACCUAACGCAGCAGGCCCGAACGGAUCAGGCCCGAACCGAUCAGGUUCGAGCAGAUCAGUCCCGAACAGAUCAAGUUCGAGAAGAGCAGGACCAAACAGAUCAGGCUCGAACAGAUCAGGUUCGAGAAGAUCAGGUCCGAGCAGAUCAGGCCCGAACGGAUCAGGCCCGAACAGAUCAUACACGAACAGAUCAGGCCCGAGCAAAGCAGGACCUAACGCAGCAGGCCCGAACAGACCAGGCCCGAACGGAUCAGUCCCGAACAGAUCAAGCUCGAGCAGAUCAGGCCCAAACAGAUCAAGUUCGAGUAGAGCAGGACCAAACAGAUCAGGCUCAUUCGAGAAGAUCAGGUCCGAGCAGAUCAGGCUCGUGCAAAGCAGGACCUAACGCAGCAGGCCCGAACGGAUCAGGCCCGAACCAAUCAGGUUCGAGCAGAUCAGUCCCAAACAGAUCAAGUUCGAGUAGAGCAGGACCAAACAGAUCAGGCUCGAACAGAUCAGGCUCGAGAAGAUCAGGUCCGAGCAGAUCAGGCCCGAACGGGUCAGGCCCGAACAGAUCAUACACGAACAGAUCAGGCCCGAGCAAAGCAGGACCUAACGCAGCAGGCCCGAACAGACCAGGCCCGAACGGAUCAGUAUUAAAGGUAUAUGUCCAGUACAGUGUAAUGUGUGUGGACAAGGCGAUUGUCACAGAGGUAUCCAACCAGUCGAAGUGUACACGAGAACAUGGAUUGAAGCAAGGCGAAGGAACAAGACAGAACAAGACAGAAGGAGGGAAGUGGAACGACCGAGGUCAAGAAGGAAAAUGGUACCGAUCCAGGGAGAUCGCUCCCAUUUAUAGCAGGUGGAAACACACACACACAGUGGAGACAGAGAAUGGACUAUCACACUGA